UUACUGUUUACGGGAAUGGAUCUGUACAGAGUGUGUGACCCCCGCUCCCUGUGGAUCCGGAUCCCCCUCCUCAUCGGGACAUUUAUCCUCCUCAAUGGAGGGAGAGACAGCGGAGCUGGGGCUCACUCCACUAAUUUCAUUGACGGAUGUAGGUUUAAUAUCUCUGGGGCCUGGACCUUUACUCAGCAGUACGUUUAUGAUAAAGAACUGAUCGCGUACUAUGACUUUGAUCAGAAGAUAUACAUCGCUGUGAAAGACUGGAUGAAGGGGAAUGUGGCCCGAUGGAAUAAAGAGGAAGCGGCUGGAACAUACCAGGAAGGGAUCCGAGUGUGUGAGAACAAUGUUCCGAUCUACAGCAAAGUGGUGUCCCGGAAAGUUGAACCAACAGUCACUAUCCGACCUAAAGCCUCUCAACAUUCCACACAGUCAGCUUUGCUCUCGUGUCAUGUCACUGGAUUUUACCCUCCUGAGAUUGAUGUCACGUGGCUGAAAAAUGGAGCACCAAUUCCUGAUGGUGUCAUCAACACUGUCCUGUUAUCAGAUGGUGACUGGACCUAUCAGGUGGAGGAUCUCCUCCAGUACCAGCCAGUGUCUGGGGAUAAAUACACCUGUCGUGUGGAACACAGCAGCCUGAGGGGGCCCAGGAGUGUGGAUUGGGAAGUACAGAACGUCUCUCUAUCAGAGAGACACAAGAUCAUUGUUGGAGCCCUGUUCUUUGGGAUUGGACUGAUCAUCUUACUAGCUGGAGUGAUAAUGAGAUUAAAGAGUGCUAAAGCUAUCCUGGACUCCAGCAAUCAUGGUCCACGUCUGAUGGGUCCAGCUGUCAGCUAACUUACCUCUGGGAGAAUGUGUUCAAGACAUUGGAAUAAAUGACUUGAUUAAAUGACAGAAUUAAACCGCUAAAAA